GAAGUGGACUAACGUCAGUAAUGAAACGCAGCCCUGGUUACAAAAGCGGCCGCCGGAGAGAGACUACCCUGGAGAAAGUCAGUGGAGAGAGGGGUCUGUAGAGAAAAGAAAGCCAGAAGACAACAUGGACAGGACGGUCAGCCUUCCCAACCAGCCCGACAAAAGAACCACAGUGACUCUGGUUGAGAGCAGCAGCGCCCCCAGCGGGCUGGAACUGGUCAGUUCCUACCAGACCACCAGAGUGGGAGACCCCAUGGACCUGGUGGCGCUGGCAGGACAAGUACAGAAGGGAGAUGACUUCAUUAAGGCCAACGCUUGCAACAAACUGACUGUCAUUGCUGACCAGAUCAGAUACCUACAGGAACAGGCAAGAAAGGUUUUAGAAGAGGCUAAAAGAGAUGCUGACCUCCACCAUGCCGCCUGUAACAUUGUGAAGAAACCAGGAAACAUGUAUUACCUCUACCAGAGGCAAUCUGGGCAAAAAUACUUCUCCAUCAUCUCACCUAAGGAAUGGGGUCCAAGUUGCCCUCACUCGUUUGUUGGUGCAUUCAAACUUCAACAUGACAUGUCCUGGACCCCCAUAGAUGAGGUGGAGAAGAAAGACUCAGAGUUCGCCAUCAUGGACAAACUGCUCUGCCAACAGACUGCCUUACCAUCUUACACAGGACCCAACUUUAAGGGCCUCUCUGAUUAGAGGACUGCUGAACUGGACUGGAUUAAAGGACUGGAACUUAAGGACACCCGGUGGAGGUUAAACUAUGGUCUUAAUUGGGAAAACUCUAUACGUGGAUUGGGGUUGCUGAUAUAAAAGUAUCCGCCACACAGUGUCUUGAUGACACUCAUACACGGUUGCAUUACUGCAUUAAGUUGGUGUCAACAAUACGUUUUUGUUUGUAUACACAUCAGUUGCUGUUACUGUAUGUCUUAACCGUAGGGAUGCUUCUCUAAGACUGAAUCAUAUCGGGCUACUCUGGAGGGCCUGUGCAUGGACACUUUUACUAAAUAAAGUUUGUCUGCUUAUUAGCCUUUAUCAAACCUCUUAGCUACAUUGGGUUAAAUAUUAUCAACAUUCAUCAUGGAUUUUAAAGCUGCCUUGUUGCCCGUUUUCUUGUAAACAAACAAAGGUUCUGUUUUUAUUCAGUGUUUCUCACCAAAGGCAUUGUGUGUAUCUUAGAGGCUCAACAAACAUGAUAAAAGCAUUUUCUACAGUGCUUUCAAAAAUAUAUUUGAACCAUGUUGAGCCAUCUAUCAGUGGAUCAAGUAAAUGUGUUUUGUCUUCCAUUUAUUGACUGUAACCAAUAAAUUUGAUGUCCAUUG